AUGGAUGAUAAGUCGUACUUUACUUUACUCGUUUUUGAUGUUGGACCAAAAUUCAUCAACAACCCUGAGCCAAUUGUGGCUCCUCUUGGAGACGAAGUAGAGUUCGAUUGUUCUUUGGAUGUUAAAGCUGACUAUCUUAGAUGGAAGCACAAUGGAAAACUUCUUCCUUUUAUAUAUAAUGAUACGGCAAAAAGUCGAUUGGUAUUCAAAAUGAACAAUGAAUCUCAAAUAGGAGAUUAUCAGUGCAUUGCUUGGUAUGGAGCUAGUGCCAUUGCAUCCAAUUCGGCUCGUCUCAGCCUAGCUGAAAUUGGACCCAUUCCCCCGAAAUCUUAUAGGUCGGUGACGGUUUCAGAAGGAAACAACAUUGGAAUAAAAUGUAGGUCACCCUACAGCAAACCUGCAGCUUUUAUUCAGUAUUAUAAAAAUAACGUUUCUGUUGAAGCUCACGUUUCUAAAUCUGGAACACUAUUACUGACUAAUGUAACUUCAAAGGAUAGUGGUUUAUAUUCAUGCUCAAUAACAAAUCCUUAUGUUAAAGAGAAUGCCAUAUUUCUUCCCAGUUACGACAAUAUUUUAGUUAGUACGGAUUUAAAAGAAAAUCCCCCUCAGUUUUCUUAUCUGCCCGAAUCUCUUUAUACUGUACAAAUAGGAGCGAAUGUGACAUUAGAAUGCGUGGGAUACGGUCAACCCAUUCCAAAAUAUUAUUGGAAACGAAAAAAUGGUACAUUACCUUUAAAUAAACACACGAUAGUGCCAGGAGGUCUUUUAUUGAUCAAUGUUAAUGCGAGUGAUGAAGAUUUUUACACGUGUGAAAUCGAUAACGGGAUACCUCCUAAACUUAUUCACAAUUUUAAAGUGGUAGUGCAAGAACCUGCUUUUGUCGAAAAAGGUCCUUUAAACCUUUUAGUCAAAGAAGGAGGAAAAGCUAGAAUGGAUUGCUUCAUUAGAGGUAAACCUUUUCCUAAAGUCACGUGGCUUCUUAAUGGCGAAACCGUUAAAAACGAUUCUCACGUUUUAAUAAAUGGUAGCACAAUUCACAUUUUUGUGGUUGAAAAACGUCAUGCUGGAAUGUAUCAGUGCAUGGCAGAAAAUAUUUUGGGAUCUUCUUUUGGUUCUUCUACUCUUCGUGUUGAACCCCGUCAGGUAACUGCCAAAAAUUCAUUUGGAAUGCGUCAAUUUUCAUUUCACAAUCCACGAUUUCGAGGAAGUGAAAUGAUUCCACCUACUCGUCCUAACGUGACUAGAUUGACAGAUAACUCUGUAAUGGUUCGAUGGCAUGUAACGCCAAAUAAAGGAUUACCAAUAUUGUUUUUUAAAGUUCAACAUAGAGAACUAACUAAAGGGAAGGGAUCGAGGUGGAAGACAAACAACGAAGACAUUCCUCCUCAUGUUGGAAGUUACGAAGUUGUAAAUCUUACUCCUGAUAAAUAUUAUAGAUUCAGAAUUGCAGCCGUUUAUUCAAAUAUGGACAAUAAAUUGAGUCCGAAUUCCGCGAGAUUUUUUCUUCACGGAGGAAAAGUCAAACAAACUCCUGCAGCACCUGAAUUAAUUCACACGAGUGCUGCCGGUCCCGAAUCAAUUCGCCUCGUUUGGGAGUAUCAUAAUAAUAGUAAAAUCCCGAUUGAAGGAUUUUACGUGUAUUAUCGAUCCACUUCAACUGCUGGAGAUUACAUAAAAGCUACAGUUGAAGGAGAAUGGAUAAGAACUUAUGUUAUAAAUUAUUUGAAUCCGGACACUGCGUACGAUAUAAAAUUACAAAGUUUUACAAUAGAUGCAGCCAGCGAUUUUAGUGAAAUCCUUACACAAAAAACAGAAAAAGAACCGACUGUUAGCCCACCUUCGGAAAAACCUACAACGAAAAAAACAGAAGAUGAAGAGAAUGAAAGUUCAAAAAGUAGUAAUCAGUUGUAUGUGACAUUAGGAGCGGUUUUAGGAGGUUUGGGAUUAUUGCUUAUGCUUUGUUUAGGGAUAUUUUUUUGUAACAAACACAGGCAAACUUCUACAGUAUCUCAAGAACAAAUAAAUCUUAACGGACACAUUCCUAUAUCUAACGGUCACGUUGGAAAAAGUAACGGUUAUCUAACAUCGAAAAUGAAUAUAACGAAUAAUCCAUUGGCCGACACAGACGAAGAUAAAGUAUGA